AUGGCCAGAUCCAACAAGAAGAAGCAAGCUUUGGAUGACUCUGUCUCUUCGGAUGCCGCUUCUACCAGCAAUUCUUCCGUCUCUACCGACGCUUCGACCUUCGUCAAAGGAUCCGAAGCGGCGAAAGAGAAGAUGGCGAAAAUGCGAGCGAUGCGAGUGAAGGGCAAAAAAGCGAAGAACAUUCAAGAAAUGAGUGGCCUUCAACUCCCAGUCCACAAGAUGAAGCGGACAAUGAGGCAGAUGAACGCCAACAACAAGGGCUACCAAUCCUAA